ACGUCACUGGAAACGCCACCUUUCGCUCCCCAAAGUCACCCUCUUCCUUGUGGUAACAUGGCCGUGACGGUUUUCUUACACUGUCCUCUUCCUUCAUCAUCUUCAAAAUCUUUUGCCACCCUCUCUUUCUUCUCUUUUGCUUGGUGAUCAUAAUCUUUCAUUCAUGCAGAUAGUUAUAAAUCCUCAGAUAUGUGUAGUUCAAUGGGGUUGGUCUCAGUGCCUAUUAUUGCACUUUGUUUUUAUCUUCUGCUAAGCCCACUUCUUGUUCAUGGGGAUAUACAAACGACUCUCCAAGGGCCCUUUAAGCCCGUGACUGUGCCUCUUGACAAGAGCUUUCGUGGGAAUGCUGUGGACUUGCCAGAUACUGACCCUCGAGUACGGAGGAGGGUUCAAGAUUUUGAGCCUGAGCAAAUUUCUGUGUCUCUCUCUGCAACCCAUGAUUCAGUUUGGAUUUCUUGGAUCACAGGCCAAUAUCAAAUUGGGGCCAACAUAAGACCACUAAAUCCAAGCACUGUAGCUAGCGUUGUUGGAUAUGGAACGUCAAGAUUUCAGUUAACUCAUCAAGCUACUGGUUAUUCUCUUGUUUACAAUCAAUUGUAUCCUUUUGAGGGCCUGCAAAACUAUAGUUCUGGAAUUAUUCACCAUGUUCUUCUCACAGGGUUGAAACCUAAAACACAAUAUUAUUAUCAGUGUGGAGAUCCUUCUAUACCAGCAAUGAGUAAUAUUUAUCAUUUCAGGACUAUGCCAGCUUCAGGUCCCAAUAAUUACCCCAGCAGAAUAGCAAUAGUGGGAGACUUAGGUCUUACAUAUAAUACAACUUCAACAGUUGAUCACAUGUUCAGAAACUAUCCUGAUCUUCUUUUAUUGAUUGGAGAUGUUACUUAUGCUAACUUGUAUCUCACUAAUGGAACUGGGUCUGAUUGCUACUCUUGUGCAUUUUCACAAACUCCCAUUCAUGAGACAUAUCAGCCUCGCUGGGACUACUGGGGAAGGUACAUGCAGCCUGUAAUAUCUAUAAUUCCAAUUAUGGUGGUUGAAGGGAACCAUGAGAUAGAACAACAGGCUGAAAAUCAAACAUUUGUUGCUUAUAGUUCUCGAUUUGCAUUCCCAUCAAAAGAGAGUGGAUCGCCGUCCACAUUCUAUUAUUCUUUUAAUGCUGGGGGAAUACAUUUUAUAAUGUUGGGUGCCUACAUUUUCUAUAACAAAUCAGCUGAUCAGUACAAGUGGUUGGAGAGAGAUCUAGCUAAAGUUGACAGGGAAGUUACUCCAUGGUUGGUGGCUACAUGGCAUCCUCCCUGGUAUAGCACCUACAGGGCACAUUACAGAGAAGCAGAGUGUAUGAGGGUAGAAAUGGAAGAAUUGCUGUAUAAGUAUGGUGUUGACAUUGUCUUCAAUGGACAUGUACAUGCCUACGAGAGGUCUAACCGAGUGUAUAACUACACUUUGGAUCCUUGUGGCCCUGUUUAUAUCACAAUUGGUGAUGGUGGAAAUAGAGAGAAGAUGGCAAUUACACAUGCUGAUGAACCCGGAAACUGCCCAGAUCCAUCCACCACGCCAGAUGAUUACAUGGGAGGUUUCUGUGCAUUCAAUUUUACAUCAGGCCCAGCAGCAGGAAAAUUCUGUUGGGACAGGCAACCUGAUUAUAGUGCAUACAGAGAAAGUAGCUUUGGUCAUGGGAUUUUGGAGGUUAAAAAUGAGUCUCAUGCUCUGUGGACUUGGCACCGGAAUCAGGACUUUUACAGCACUGCUGGAGACCAAAUUUACAUAGUAAGGCAGCCUGAAGAGUGCCCUGUUGAAUUAAAGAAGGUUUUUCCAUGAGUGCUGGGAUCAGACGUAGAAGCACCUGAAGAUAUUGAGAAGCAAAAAUGAAAAGACUCGAGUGCGCAUCCUAUCUUGAAUACAAUACCAGGAUUAAGUUUGAUAUACAUGUAAUACAAUUUAAUAAUCUCAUUGUUCUUAUAGAUUUACAUGAAAUAUAUCUUUCCAUAAUAUUAAUAUUU